AUGCUUGACCUGUAUGCAACUUAUCUGCUGUUCAAUUUGUUCAAAUCAGAACUGAAACCUGCUACUGUAAGCCUUUCUGGAACAAGCUCAUCCUCUUUUAACACCCUGGCUCUUCCUUGCAUUGAUGGCUGUUACCUUCCCAAACAAGAGAAUGAAUUUAUCCAUACAGUGCUUGAGGAGCUGGAAAGCUUUCAGCAGAGAAAUGACCAGAAUUGUGUCCUGCUCUUCCCACCUCUCCCGAGCCGACUGCGUUUCCUGACUCACAAAACCGCUGAGAACCAUCCCAACUUCAGCACCUUCUCUGUGGGCGAGGGCUGGGCUCGCAGAGUCGUAGUGUGCUAUUUCAACAUCAGGUUGGAUUUAGAAGAGUAUAGUAGCGACACAGAGGGCAGUUCUCAUGUGCGAACAAACAGUCAGAGCAGGAAAAUGGAGGACAAAGGCAACAUCCGACCACUGGAGCCCAGAUCCAACAACAGACGAGGAGCCAGACGGCCAGACAAGCCUAUUUAUGUUCCACGGGCUAUGAGACAGAAGGUGUAUGAAAACUCGACAGAUCUGGAGCAGCAGAAUCUCAACCCAACAUCAGAGGAAUCCAACUCUGACAAUGUGGACAGACCACUUGUAGCCAACGAAAAGCCAGGAGCAGACAGUACUGACCGAUCCCUGGAUGAACAGGAGUUUGUGCAGCUUUCGAGAUCUGGACCUUCUCCGUUGUCUCCUGACUGGGAUAGGACAGUGUCUUUGGUCAUGUCUUUGACAUUAGAUGACCAAGCAGAUGAAGAUUGUGCUGACAACACGGAUGCAGCGAUCCAGCCACAGAGCAGUGAUGAAACUGAAAAAUUGUACUCCGAGAUCAAAGCCAACCUGAAACAUGGGGACGUUGUCAUAAAGAACACCUGCAAUGAUUACUCUUGUUACGCAAAUAUCUGGCUCAAUCAAGAGGAGUUUGCACAUGUUAUUGAGAUCUACGACUUUCCUGCCAUGUUUAAAACGGACGACCUCCUCGAUGCUUUUGCAGGCUACAGUGAGGGAGGCAUGAAGAUCAAAUGGGUGGAUAACACUCAUGCACUUGGCAUAUUUGCAAGUCAAUCUGCAGCUACACAGGCUCUCUCCCUUAAGCAUCCAUUACUGAAGGCCCGCACUCUCUCAGAGGGGAGCCAGAAAGCAAAGUGGAAAGCAAUGAGACGAGCUGAGUUUAUUCAGCCGGUGAAGGAGAGGCCACGUACAGACACAGUGGUAGCUCGCAGGAUGGUGACCAGAGCGCUUGGUUUGAGAGGAGGCUUAAGGGGGAAACGCUUCUGAAAAACCUUCAAAGCUCUGUUUCACAUGUAGACUAUACUGUUUUUGUUUUCUAAAUAGACCGAAUUCCCUGAAACAUUAACUUUAGCACCAUUUACUACACCAUUGAAAGCAAGACUGAACAUUAAAUGUAGAUAAAAACGGCUGUAUUUUACCAUGCCCGCUUUGACAGAUGUAUAUACAAGAGCAAAAUGGAUGGAAAGGGUAUGAAUAAGCUAUAGAUCUUUGUUAUUGUCACAUAAUAAGGGAAAUGCUCAAACAUAGGUGUCCAUGAGAUGUGUGGCGUCCCACAAAUGUUUCAGUUUUGGUUUUAAUUUUCUGUGCCCUUUUGUGUGAUCUUGUAAGCAUUUAAAUGAGUUUCUUGUUUGAAGCAGGAAAUGUGGCUUUGUUAACUGCCUUGUUUGCUUUAGCCUGCUUGGUUACUAACAAUCCUGGCAUCUCUCAGCAUCUGGCCCAGCAAUUACCAAUAGAUCCAUUCAUUAAUAAUAAAGAGUAUUUUAAUUAGGAAUAGGCUUCCUUGCAAUUUUCGAAGCGCAUUGUAAGAUUGUUCUGAGGUUAAUAAUUGGUGUGUUUCAAUUGGGUGACCUUUUAACAGGUCAUCUAGGAUGAAAGUGUUGAAGUUAAUAAUUGGAGUUAAGUGUAAUUAAUGGCAGACAUCUUAGCAGGGCAGAUAAAAGUUAACAGGCCUGGAACACUGGCAAGGGAAUAGUCAUUUUUGUUGUGUUUGUUAUGAUUGGCCUUGCUUCACAUAAUGUUGUUCAAGUUGUUUCUCUGUUUUCUUUUUUUUUGUGCUGUAGAUUAAGCUUGGAUUUAUUUUUUAGUUUUUUACACAUUGCAAUUGAUCUAAUUUUUGGGAUGCGUGUAAUUUGAGAUUGAAAUGUAGACCUCAUGGCAUUUCUGGCUCAUCAGAUGUUUAUCUCGUAUUUAAAACUAGUAUUAUUUGCAGAUGUAUAACGAAAUCUAGAGUUCUUUAUAAACUCGAUUGGUUUGGUUUCUACAGUUAAUAUAUAUUUUGUGUUUAUCUUUGUUUAUUAUGAGAGUUGAUUUGAAAUACUACACACUUUUAAGAACUUAUUACUGCAACUACAAUCUAAUUUAAAGAAAGGGGUUGAAAGUGAGAGAGAGUUAUAAUCCUUGCCAGUUAUUUAAUGCAUAUUUGAUUGUUGUAAAAUUGUUUGAUACCUUAACCUGUUGUUUUUUAUUAUUCAAUUUUGAUUAAACAUAUUUUGCUUUUUUUAAUUGGUGUCAUUGUUUUGUAUUG